UGUCCAGGGGGUUCAUCCCUCCCGCCAGAAUGAUGUCAACAGAAAGCGCCAACAGCUUCACUCUGAUUGGAGAGGCAUCUGAUGGCGGCACAAUGGAAAACCUCAGCAGGAGACUGAAGGUUACCGGUGACCUCUUUGACAUUAUGUCUGGGCAGACAGAUGUGGAUCACCCUCUGUGUGAGGAAUGCACAGAUACUCUGCUAGACCAAUUGGACACACAGCUUAAUAUCACAGAGAACGAAUGCCAAAACUACAAGAGAUGUCUGGAGAUACUGGAACAAAUGAAUGAGGAUGAUAAGGAGAAACUGCAAACAGAACUGAAAGAGCUUGCACUGGAGGAAGAGCAACUGAUUCAGGAGCUAGAAGACAUUGAGAAGAACCGCAAGAUAGUGGCUGAAGACUUCGCGAGAGUCAGGGCAGAGGCAGAGAGACUGGAGCAGGAAGAAGCUCAGUAUCAGAAAGAAUACUGUGAAUUCAAGAGGCAACAACUGGAGCUAGAUGAUGAACUGAAAAGCGUGGACAACCAAAUGCGCUAUGCCCAGAUGCAACUGGAUAAACUGAAGAAAACCAACGUGUUCAAUGCAACCUUCCACAUCUGGCACAGUGGUCAGUUUGGCACAAUAAAUAACUUCAGGCUUGGCCGGCUCCCCAGUGUUCCUGUAGAAUGGAAUGAGAUCAAUGCAGCCUGGGGGCAGACUGUGCUGCUGCUACAUGCCCUUGCUAACAAAAUGGGCCUGAAGUUUCAAAGAUACCGCCUUGUACCCUAUGGUAACCAUUCAUACUUAGAGUCUCUCACAGACAAGUCAAAGGAGCUCCCCUUGUACUGUUCUGGAGGCUUAAGGUUUUUCUGGGACAACAAAUUUGAUCAUGCAAUGGUGGCUUUCCUGGACUGUGUGCAGCAAUUUAAAGAGGAAGUAGAAAAAGGUGAAACUCGAUUCUGUUUGCCUUACAGGAUGGACGUGGAGAAGGGAAAAAUUGAAGAUACAGGUGGCAGUGGUGGCUCUUACUCUAUUAAAACACAAUUUAACUCUGAGGAGCAAUGGACAAAAGCACUAAAAUUCAUGUUAACUAACCUGAAGUGGGGUCUUGCCUGGGUCUCAUCCCAAUUCUAUAACAAGUAACUGUGUAAAGAACUUGUCCAGAUGGCUGUAGAGUAUCUGCAUUUUGUUGGAGAAAGUCAAAUUAAGUUGUCUCUUAAUAUUAACCAGUACAAUAGGUUUACAAUACCAAAAAUCCACAAGACACUUUAUUUAAGAUACCAUUAUUACAAGUAGUAUAUAGAAAAGCAAUAUGUAAAGUUAUAUCACUGAGCUGAACAGAAUAAAAAUUUCAGCUAUUAAAUAGA